AUGGAAUCCAAAAGAAGCGUAUCUUCAAGGCACCAUGGUCUCAGCUCGUAUGAAGUUCUAUUUGCAGCUCUCUUUGCCACGUUGGUGGUGCUGUUUGCUGGAUUAAUUGCAGUGUCUUGGCUGGCAAUCAAUGCCUCAGGGAGAGAUCCAGGAUUUGGAGACAGUCAUGAAACCAGAGGGACUUUUAAGAUAACAUCUGGAGCUACAUAUAAUCCUAAUUUGCAAGAUAAACUGUCAAUGGAUUUCAAAGUCCUUGCUUUUGACCUUCAGCAAAUGAUAGAUGAGAUCUUUCAAUCAAGUAACUUGAAGAAUGAAUAUAAGAACUCAAGAGUUUUACAAUUUGAAAAUGGCAGCAUUAUAGUCUUAUUUGACCUUUUCUUUGCCCAGUGGGUGUCAGAUGAAAAUGUAAAAAAUGAACUGAUUCAAGGCAUUGAAGCGAAUCAAUCCAGCCAACUGGUCCCUUUCCAGAUUGAUUUGAGCAGCAUCGACAUCACAGACAAGCUGACAACCAGCCAUCUUCUGACAACACCAGGAAAUUUCUCAAUAGAGUGUCUGCCUGGUUCAAGACCUUGUGCUGAUGGUGUAACUUGCAUAGCCGAUGAUUUAUUUUGUGAUGGAGAAGUAGACUGCCAAGAUGGUUAUGAUGAAGACAGUAACAUUUGUGCCACAGCUUGUGAUGGACAAUUUUUGUUGACUGGAUCUUCUGGGUCUUUCCAGGCUGACCAUUAUCCAAAGCCUGGAUCAAGUACUGUUUGUCAGUGGAUUAUACAGGUAAACCAAGGACUGUCUAUUAAACUGAGCUUCGAUUCUUUUAAUACGUAUUAUACAGACCUGUUAAACAUUUAUGAAGGUGUAGGUCCAAGCAAGAUUUUAAGAGAUUAUGAAAAAAUUAACUGUAAUUUUGAGGAUGGCUUUUGUUUCUGGGUCCAGGAUUUAAAUGAUGAUAACGAAUGGGAAAGAAUUCAGGGAAACACUUUUCCUCCCUUUACUGGACCAAAUUUUGACCAUACUUUUGGUAAUACUUCAGGAUUUUACAUUUCUACCCCAACUGGACCAGGAGGGAGACAAGAAACAGUGGUACUUUUAAGUCUUCCUUUAGACCGUACUUUGGAACCAGUCUGCCUUAGUUUCUGGUACUAUAUGUAUGGUGAAAAUGUUUAUAAAUUAAGCAUUAAUAUCAGCAAUGCUCAAAAUAUAGAGAAGACAGUUUUCCAAAAGGAAGGAAAUUAUGGAGAAAAUUGGAAUUAUGGACAAGUAACAUUAAAUGAAACAAUGGAAUUCAAGGUUGCCUUUAAUGCUUUUAAAAGACAGUUACUGAGUGAUAUAGCACUGGAUGACAUUACUCUAACACAAGGGGUUUGCAAUGAAAGUCUUUAUCCAGAACCAACUUUGGUCCCAACUCCACCACCAGAACUUCCUACUGACUGCGGGGGACCUUUUGAACUCUGGGAGCCAAAUACGACAUUCAGCUCCACAAACUUCCCAGACAACUACCCCAAUCAGGCUUUCUGUGUUUGGUAUUUAAAUGCAGAAACUGGAAAGAAUAUACACCUUCAUUUUCAAGAAUUUGACUUAGAAAAUAUUGAAGAUGUGGUUGAAAUUCGAGAUGGUGGUGAAGAUGAUUCUUUGCUCCUAGCUGUGUACACAGGGUCUGGUCCUGUGGAGGAUGUGUUUUCUACCACCAGUAGAAUGACAGUUCUUUUUAUAACUGACACAUCAGUGGCAAGCAGUGGCUUUAAAGCAAACUUCACUACUGGCUACCACUUGGGAAUUCCAGAGCCCUGCCAGGAAGAGAGCUUUCAGUGUGGAAAUGGAGAGUGUAUUCCCUUACCCAAUCUCUGUGAUGGUCACCCACACUGUAAUGAUGGCUCAGAUGAAGCAAACUGUGUACGUCUUUUCAAUGGCACAACAGACUAUGACGGUUUGGUGCAGUUCAGAAUUCAGAAUGUAUGGCACUUAGCUUGUGCUGACAACUGGACCACACAGAUUUCAAAUGAUGUUUGUCAGUUGCUUGGGCUGGGGAAUGAAAGCUCAUCAACGCCAAUCUUCUCUACUGAAACUGGACCAUUUGUGAAAUUAAACACGGCGCCUAAUGGUAGCUUAAUUCUAACACCAAGCUCACAAUGUUUACAAGAUUCCCUCAUUAUGUUACAGUGUAACCAUAAGUUAUGUGGAACAAAGCUAGUGGCCCAAGACGUCAGUCCCAGGAUUGUUGGAGGGACUAAUGCCAACGAAGGGGCCUGGCCCUGGAUUGUUGCUCUGCACUACAACGGUCAACUGCUCUGCGGUGCUUCUCUAGUUAGCAGAGACUGGCUGGUGUCUGCUGCCCACUGUGUGUAUGGGAGAAAUAUGGAGCCAACUAGAUGGACAGCAAUCCUAGGACUUCAUAUGACAUCAAAUCUGACUUCUCCUCACAUAGUAACCAGGCGGAUAGAUGAAAUUGUCAUAAACCCACAUUAUAAUGAACGGAGAAAGAACAGUGACAUUGCCAUGAUGCAUCUCGAAUUUAAAGUGAAUUACACAGACUAUAUACAACCUAUCUGUUUACCAGAAGAAAAUCAAGUUUUAUCUCCAGGAAAGAAUUGUUCUAUUGCUGGCUGGGGAAGGCUUAUAUAUCAAGGUCUCACUGCAGAUAUAUUGCAAGAAGCUGAAGUUCCUCUUCUGUCAAAUGAGAAAUGUCAACAACAGAUGCCAGAAUAUAGCAUUACUGAAAAUAUGGUAUGUGCAGGCUAUGAAGAAGGAGGAAUAGACACUUGUCAGGGGGAUUCGGGAGGACCACUGAUGUGCCAAGAAAACAACAGGUGGUUUCUUGCUGGUGUGACGUCAUUUGGAUACCAGUGUGCCCGGCCUAAUCGUCCAGGGGUGUAUGUGCGAGUUCCAAGGUUCACAGAAUGGAUAAAAAAUUUUCUAGAUUAGAGAAAAUUUCCUAAAACAAACGUGAAAGUUUGGCAGUUUUCCCAUUCCACUUUAAGGAGCAUGGAAAUUGAGAGUUUUAUGAAAAAAUAAAUAACAACCUUCAUUCUUACAUAAGUCACAAAAAUGCUGGGGAAAGAUGAAGGGAACAAAACAAAUGCCUGUUUGCCAUAAAAAGUAACUUUAAAUACAUUUGAUUGCAUUGUGAACAGGUUUUUUUUUCACAGAUAUCAUAAUUGUCUUUGCCCUUAAUCAUUUUUUUCAUCACUUUCUC